AUAACUCUAAACUCAACAAAAUGGAUUUAAGCAGUUUUUUACUCAAACAUGUAAACUCGCAGUUUGCAGCCAGGUGAAGCAGCUCCAACAUCGAACAUGUUUGCGCACACUGUCAUAUUGUUGUUGUAACUGCUUGUAUCUGCCAGAUACGCACAAUGCCUUCGAUAACAAAGCGGAAAACAACAAAUAAAACACAAUUUCCACAUGCCUGUGAAAUGAAUAUGUGUCUUACACACAAGUGUAUGUGUGUGUGCGUGCGCCGCAGUGUGCGUGCGAGUUACAUUUGUAUCUUGUCGUUUGCAACUAAAUAACUCCGGUUUACGCUGUUUGUUUUGUUGCCUUUCUGCUGUCGCGCUGCCUGCUCCGUCAACGCUGCACUGUGCCUGCAGUUGUGUGUGUGUAUAUGUGUGUAUCUCAUAUGGUUUGCGUUUUCGGGAAAAAUGUUCCAUUGAGGUCCAGCCGGUUGUGCGCUCUUCGCUCGACGCUCAUUCGUUGUUCUCUGGUCGCGCGGUGCGGUUGUGCGAUAUCUUUUCGUAGUUAGCGGUGCGCCAACAACCAGUCUACCUGCCGAACGCAAUUUUCGUCGCUUCAAAUUCAAUUCGGUGUGAUUUUUUGUUUUCAUCAAUAUACGAAAUAGCAAUUAUACAGUGUGUGUGUUACGAAAAUAUUAAUUUAAACGGAUUUUUGAGUUAAUUGUGGCGCUGAAAUUUUAUGAAAAAAGCUGCGUACGGACGUGUGUGUGUUUUUACUGCGUUAAAGUUAGUGUUUUUCGGCAGUUUAACAAAAAAAAGCAACAAAUAGCAGAAAAAUUAAAAAUUACCUAAAGUUGUGAAACAUUGUAAUAUUGAAAAUCAAAAAUUAUAAAUUAUUUGAAGUUGUGAAGCACUGUAAUAUUGAAAAGUUAUUUUGUAACUCUUUGCAUUUAAUAUGCUUAUGCCAUAGUUUCAACUAUUUUACGCCUCAUGCCCACGAAACACAGUCAAAACUCGCUAAGUGUGCCUUUAAUAUAACAACAACUUGUCUAAAUAACCGUGCAAUCCUGCCAGCCAACAACCGUUCUACUCCUCAAAACCUCCCUCUUCUUGCUCAGCGUAUGCGCCCGGAGAAAGCACCGCCGUUUAGUCCAUGAAUCACAUGUGUCACACACAUACACAAAUCUACUGGCGACGUCGUUAACCUUGUCGCUGCCAUAGUGAACCGGCAAACAGCACAAAAAGUAGCAAAUUGCGAAAAAUAAGUAUUUUUUGUUUACGUUGCAGCACCCACCCGUCGAAAAGCCCCGCGGCGCGCGUCGUGUUGACAACGCUAACGUUAAAGCCGGCAAUUUUAGAAAUUUUUACGUGUUUUCGGUAUUUACAUAUGUAUGUAUGUGCUCGCGCGUAUUACAUAUUUGCUAAUAAUGAUGCAACACUCAUAUUGACAACAACAAAGCGGAGUGUUAAUACAAAGCAAUAACAAUUAGCGUGUACGAGUCGAGGGUGUUGUCGCUAGGCGUGUGCGUGUGUUAAAAUCAUUUGCAAACAGAGACAAGCAGACACCGAAAAAGUGUAGAUAAAAACGUGAAACAAAAAUAGAAAUACAAAAAGUAAAAAAUAGAAAAAUACAGUAGCAAAAAAAUUACACAAGUUUGCUGAUAAAAAGUGUUGAAGUCAGAGCCAAGCGUUACAACAACGAAAUAAGCGUUUAUCCAUACACACAUACAUACACUUGAUUUGAAAAAAAGUACGCGUAACAACAUGCAACGUUUCAGCAGAACUUUAAAUGCCACCGCCACACUUGGCUCGCGCAAUAAAACUAUGAUCUCCAAUGGCAGCCAACGCGCUGUGUCUGCAGUCGGCAAACGACGCUCGCCAGCCGCCUCCAAAAAAUAUUUAAAUUUAAAUUUUUACACAUUUACCUUGUUUUCAUACCUAAUUUUGUUGCUCUUUUGUGUGGGAGUUAAUGCACAUGGUUUUAUGAAUCACACCGGCAUAGAGGAGGAACCGCAUCCCGCCGCCGUGGCCACGGAAAUCGGCAGUUCGUCGGUAAUAGACCAAUUUAUGCCCAACUGCACCAAAGUGGCACCCGUCUUCAAAGCGCGCGGCAUCGAUCAAGCCGAGCUACCACUGAAGCCCAAUAAUGAAAUGGGUCUGCGCUACUGUGAAACACCCUCGGUCGGCACUUGUUGCACGUUCAAUAUGGAAACGCGUCUGGCGCUGCAAUCGCGCAUGCAGCUGGAGAAGCAGUCCAAGGAGCAGAUAACGAAAUUGUCGAAUGCUUUGGCGGCGAAAGCGCAGAAAUAUAAUUCCAUCUUCCGCAAACUCUUGGGCGAAUCGAAAGAGGAGUUCCACAAGAUGUUCACACGCACCUAUGGCGUUAUCUAUCAGCAAAAUUCCUAUGUCUUCUCCGAUUUAUUCAACGAAUUGGAAAACUAUUACACGCGUGGACGCGUCGAUCUGCUGGAAGUGAUGGACAAAUUCUUCAACACGCUCUACCAGAAAAUGUUUCAAGUGCUGAACGGACAAACGUUUGAAGAAAAAUUCCUAAAAUGCGUCAGCGAACACAUGAAAGAACUGAAACCGUUCGGCGAUGUGCCCGACAAAUUGGCUGUACAAAUCAAACGUUCCUUUGUGGCGACGCGCACCUACUGGCAGGCGCUGCACACAGCCGCCGAAGUGUCGAAGAAGAUGAUGAAUGUACGUCUAAACGCCGACUGCACGGCCGCGCUCACGAAAAUGCAACACUGCGGCGCCUGCAAGGGCUAUGCGGAAAAACCGUGCACAAAUUACUGCGUCAAUGUGAUCAAGGGUUGUCUGCACUUUGUGCACGAAUUCGACACGGAGUGGGAGAAUUUCGCCGUCGCCAUGGACAAGGUUGCCGAACGCUUGCUGGGCUCAUUCAAUAUUGUAAUGGUUGUCGAGCCGAUUAAUAUCAAAAUCUCCGAAGCGAUUAUGAAUUUUCAGGAAUCCAGUCAAUCAAUCACCUCGCGCGUUUUCGAGGGCUGCGGACGUCCUAGCAUCGGACGCACGCGCCGCGCUGUCAGUCCCAAGUUUAGCCAACCCGUCGCCAUACAACAGCCGCAAGUGCAGUCGUCAUCAAUAAUUUUGACCAGCUCCGAUUCGAAAGUCAUACGCAAACGCGCCACGCUGGACGUGCCAGCCGAGCAAAUCGAAUCGGAUAUCUUGGACAUUGAUGCGGACGUUGACGAUGCGAUUGUAUUGCGUGAACGGCGCGCCGCUGAGCCCAUCACGGACGAGCAGAGCGCGGAUGGCGAUAAGACAAAUGAUGAUGCCGGUGUUGGCGGUGGCGCAACGAGCAAUGGUGGCGGCCGUGGCGGUGGACGUGACAAGCAGCGUCGCAAGAACCACCAAAAUCGCAAAAACGACGAUGAUAAUGGACGCGAUCCGAAUCUCGAUAAGUUGGUGCGCGAGAUUAGACAGCGCGUGAAGGAGUCGAAGAAGUUCUGGUCGAAUCUGCCACAUCAGAUUUGCAGCAAUGACGAGAUCUCCACGUCCUCGGAUGUUGAUGGCAUGUGCUGGAACGGACACACGAUCGAUAGAUAUAUGCAUCCGGUGACCAGCGAACAGAGCCGCAAUCCCGAAUUCCCUGGCAAUCCGGCCACUACGAGUCAAACAUCACAAGUUGCCACACAACUUUUCUACCUGAAGAAUGUUAUCAACCAUCUACGUAAUGCGUACAAUGGGCAGGACGUGGACUGGAGUGAUCAAGACGAUGCGCUCUAUGGCAGCGGUGCUGGCUCUGGCGCCGGCAGCGAUGACGAGGAUGACGAUGAGGGCUCUGGCUUGAGCGGCGGUCCAUUUACGCCACCACAUAUGAAACCCACCGAUCGUCCGGGCUCUAUGCCAGCGAAUAAUAUUGAUGACGAGGAUGAGGAAGAUGUGGAAGAGCGUCGCAUUACGGACAGCUCGCAUACGACACGUCCCAAAUAUCCUGGCAGCGCCGGUACGGGUAUUGAUACCGUUGCUGGCGGUGAUACGAACUCCAUUGACGAGGACGAGGAUGCCGACGACGAUAAUGAUUUGAAUGAGCAGAAGAGCGGUAGUGGCAAUGCGGGCGCGAAGACGGCGCCUAAAAUGACUUUGCGGCGCGCGUUGUUAUUGUAUUUGCUGCCAUUGUAUAUGGCGUGGUUUGGUGGUGUUGUUGCCGAUAUGCUGUGAUGCGUUGUUGUUGCUAUUGCUUAAGUCGUAUUAAGGACACGGACAAACAGUGUGCGGCGUCGGAGUGCGUCGCGUCGAAUUUGUAUGAAUUAUAAUUUAUAUAUUGUGUUUUGAGUUAAGUGGCAGCACUGGCAGGUAUGUAGAAACUGUGCUGCACAGGUAGUAUGGUGUGAAAAUAGUCUACGAUGCUUUCCGGCGUAAAAAAAUUAUUUGUUUUAGAACAAAAAAAAUGUGUAGCAUGCUUACAGGCGGGAAAAGUGACUUGUUUUAGAACAAGAAAAAUUGUUUUUUUUUAUUUCCGGUGAAAAUAAGACACACUAAAAGAUCUUAUUUUUAAUUUUGCUGCAAUUGCUGCAUUUUCAAAGUUUCACUGUAACAUACUUUUAGGCGCUAUAGUAAUAACAACCUAGCUAAUGAAACAAUGACUCGAACAAAAGCCUAGCAAUGUAGUUCAAGUACUUGAAAAUGUCUCCCAACACUACAGUUGUUGGUGUUUUCCAAGUCUAGGUCUACUUUUAGGCGCAUUUCUAUAUAAACUUAUAUUGUAACAAAACUAUCCAGCAGGUUAUUAGCCAGAGGGUGGCCAUCACUUUGCGAUUUAUGUUUGCAUGUUGCAUUUCUGUACUUUCAAUGUUUCAUUGUAGCAUACUUUUAGGCGCUUUAGUAAUAUAUAUCAACCUAACUAAAUAUCAAUAAUUCGUACAAAAGCCAAGUGGUGAAGUGAAAAAUUACAAAUAUCUUCCAACACUAUAGCUGUUUGUCCUGAAUUUUUUUUAACUUUUCCCAGCCAAGGUCUGCUUUUAGGCGCAUUUUCAUGUAAAUGUGUAUAAUACCGAAACUCAGCAAGUUAUUAGUCUGAGUAUGCCCCUAAAUUUCCGCCUUCUGUUUUUCAUGCUGCAUUUUUUGCAUUUCCAAUGUUUUACAGUAGCAUACUUUUAGGCACUUUAGUAAUAUUCACCUAACUAAAUAUCAGUAACUCGGAAAAAUCAUAGCAUUGAAGUUCAAAAAUUUACAAACAUCUUCCAAAACUACAGCAGUUAGUGCAUGCCAAGUGAAAGUCUACUUUUAGGCGCAUUUCUAUGUAAACUUGUAUUAUAACUACUUAUUUACAACAAAAAUUACAAGAACAAACAUGUUUAGCAUAAGUAUGGCAGAAAAUUAUGAAUUGAACUUGAAGCGAAGCAAAUCAUUUAUAUACGUAAAACAAGAAAACAGUUAUAAAAAGUUCAAUAGCCGUUAAGCAUAAAAUUAUAUAAUGAAUUAAUUUAAAUUAAUACUUAUGUACCAGCAAUUAUGCUUAAAAAUACAUACAAAAUGGCGAUAUGUGUAAGAGUGAGUGUAUGUGAGGGUGAUUCAUGUUUAACUAAUGUGUGUAUGUGUGUGCGUUUGUUUGCGUGUGCCACUUUGUGUAUGUGUGUGAGUGAAGGAAACAUAAUUUUAUGGCAGCUUUGAUUUUUUUUCUUUCGUAUAAAAUUUUUGUUGUAAACGCAUGUCCGUUAAGUGCAUAUUUCUGUAUUAUAUUUCAACUACUAUUAACUGCGAAAAAAAAUUGUGUGACAUGUGUGUGUUGAAAAGUGUAGUAGCAUUUUAGGCGCUCUAAUGAAGUAUUUACCUUAUAAGCUUAUAAUAAUUUAUAUAUGUAAACAUUUUCUAAUAAAAACAAAACUGAUAUACUUAUGUAUUAAAAUAA